AUGCAUUAGAGACAAGCCAUUCGUCAUCGCAAGAUUAAAUAUCACCCCCAAUACUAAACUCAAACAGUUCAAGCACCCACCAAGCAUACAAAGAGUUUGAUUAGACUAGAGUCAGGUAUUGAAGAAACUACAAGUCCCUUGCAUCACUCAAGGAACACUUCGCAGAAAAUAGCUAAUGUAAAAACCUACGGAGGAGAGUUAGGCAGCAGUCCAGACGAGCACGAUAACAACCCUGAUAAUUAACAGUAAUCGAGUCAGCUGUAUUAAAAUUCGCAGGAUUCAGAUGUUCUCUCAGAAAGCAAUACGAUGUUUCAUUCGAAAAAGAACAGCGCAUAACAGAGCACAGUCGCGAACUAGUUGCCUCAAUCAAAUUCAGCGACUUCUGUUGCUCAUUCGUUCAAGAAAAAAGAGAAUCUAGACAAAAAGUACUCAAUUGUUAAAAGAGGCAAAGUAAAUUUGAGUCAACAUGAGAAAAUGAAUUCAAGCGGAACAAAUGAGAAUUUAUCGAACAGCUUAUGCAAGGAUUUACACAAUAAUAGCACUAGCUAUGAUAAGAUUCAAAGUUCUCUCAAUAACACGCUGACUUUAAAUAAGCAAUUUUCUGGAAAGAAAUAUAACUCUAAGACAAGCAGUGCGAUUAAUGGAAUAGGUAACUUGACUAAUAAUAACACUGCUGCUAUUAAUGUUACAAAUGCGAGUUUAAACAAUAGUCUGUCAAACGUAAUAAACCCCACAUUGACAUAAUAAAAUGUCAUCAAAUUUGAAUAGCAUAAAUCCCAGAGUGCCUAUUAAUCCCCUAACAGUAAUGCGCUGAAUAAAACUGCUAGGCCUAAUAUAUUUGCUAAAUAAAAAUCACUUCAAGAAAGCACCCCAACUGGAAACAAUACUGAGGCAUAGUAGCCGCCAUCAACAAGACAUAUGAAGAAAGUGUCCAAUUAAACACCGAUGAUUACCUCAUAUCUUAGUCAGUAAAACUCGACUAAGGUUCAAAAAUCAAGUAUUUUCAAUUUUAACAGCAAUAACAAUAAUAACAACAACAACAAUAAUAACUCUCAUAACUUGAGCUUGAAUACUAUGGCUUAACAUAUAAAGAGUAGCCACUAAUCACCAAAAGGGAAGACUCAGACUAUUUCAGCAAUGACAAAGUAUCAAUAAAAUAUGCAACUAUAAAGCAGUCAUAAUAAGUAGCAUAGAAGUCAUAUCAUUAAAAAGCAGAUUCCGUCCUCAUCAACUCAAGUUAUGAAUAACCCAGUCUAGAGAUAGCCUCCAAAAUAGAGUGAAAGCUCAUCUAAAAUACAGAGCCAAAAUGCAUCACUCAAUUUCACCAUUAAUAACAAUACAUCUACUUAGAAUAUCCUAGCUAGUGGAAUGAGUAAAAAUAAUUAGGAAUAUAAUUCAAAUCCUAUUUAGAACAACCAAUCAGCCAACAAUAGUUUGGUUCAAUAGCAGUAAUAGUAAUAAAAUCAACUUUCAAACUCUAAUAGCAAGAAAAAUAGUAUGAUGCUCAAAGGCAUCAAAAGUUUAUAAAUAGAAAUACCUGAAGAAGUUUUGAAUUAGCAUCGAUAGUCCUAAAAUGAUACUCAAAAUUCAAACAGAAGCGAUAAAAAGCCUGCUUUGAGAAAUAAUAUCAGUCUGAAUUUGCAAUCAAAGUAGAACUAAUCCUAAUAAGUGUCUUAGUUAACAACUCCAAAAGCUGGAGACUUUAAGGAUAGAUAGAACUUUUCAAUGGCUUCAAGCGAAAAAGCAAAGUAAAAGUCAAGUCCUAAGAGUAUUUAAUAGCAAUUUCAAAUGAUGGCUGAAAUGCCACUACAACCUGCUCAUAAGAUUAUUAUACCCAAUCACGAGCCUACUAAAUGUUCAGUUAAAAGAAAUGGGGUAGUGGUUGCUUAUGCUGCAAAUACAAAUUAAGGUAUCAUAAGGACCUAUAAUGAGGAUAGAGUGUCAAUAAUUCUAAAUAUACUUAAGCCUCCCAAUAGAGCAAAUGAAGAAUGGCCGAAGUGUUCAUUCUUUGGCAUUUACGAUGGGCAUGGAGGUUCUGGCUGCGCUGAUUUUCUUCGCGAUAAUCUACAUCAAUUUGUUAUUAAAGAGCCAUCUUUUCCUUGGAAUCCUAAAGAAGCCAUUAGAAAUGGCUUUGCUAAAGCAGAAAAGAAAUUUAUGGAAAUAAACUAUAAUCCUGAAAACGACGAGGUUAUUGAUAAAUCUGGUUCUUGUGCAAUAACUGUCUUGAUCAUUGGGGAUGUCUGCUUUGCAGCUAAUGUUGGAGAUUCUAGAGCACUGCUUUCAGGAACAGGCGGACAGAAAAUUUAUCCCUUAAGCAGAGAUCAUAAGCCUAGUGAUGAAAAUGAGAGGAAAAGAAUAAUUGAAGCAGGAGGCCAAAUAUAUUAGUUGUCAGUUUGCAGGACUUUUGGAGACAUUGAUGCCAAGAUUGAAAAGAGAGGAGGUAAUCCUAAUGUAGUUGUAGCAAUUCCUGAAAUCAAAUCAUUCCGAAUCACAGAUGAACACGAUUUUAUCGUUAUCGCUAGUGAUGGUAUAUUUGAUAAGUUAUCAAAUCAGGAGAGUAUUGAAUGUGUCUGGAACAGUGUAAGAGAUGUCAAGUCACAAAAUGUUCAUUAGCAAGCAGGACUUGGAGUUGAAUACAUCAUAAAAAAUGCUCUUCUGAGAAGAACUCUAGAUAAUGUUACAGUUGUAGUUGUAGCCUUUGAAAACUUUCAAAGGAUAGCAUUCGGUUCCACAUUCACAGAUGAAAAAGAUAUCUAGUCAGCUGGAAACAUCACUGAUUAUAAUAUAGGUUCUAAAAAGCGAAAUCCCUAAAUGAAUAAUACUCAUACAACUGGAUUGAUUAAAGAUAGUCGCAAAGUUUUAGGAUAAUAGACUUUUAGAUCUGGUUUGUAAACACCAACUGGCAAUAUACUUGAAAGAAGUUUGCGAAGUCAGAAUGUGAGUUUAGAGGAAUCCAAAUUAUCAGAUCCUAAUUUUAGUUAUCUAAAUAAUACUCACUUAUCGUUUAAAACUCACGCAAACAACAAUUCUAUUCAUAAUGCUAAAAUGACAGAUACUAGCAACAUUUAGAUUAACAUCAAUUAGCCAACUAAUCUGAAUGGAACUAACAACUUCUUACAAACGAAAUAACUAAUAAGUCCUCAUGCGAUAGCUUCUAAAUAUUAGAGUAUAUCCACUAAAAAUGAUGAGAUCAAGUCCAAGGUCAAAACCUUUGAUUUCAACUAAUGA